UCAAAGAGAGAGAAAGAGACAAAAAUAUACACAAAAUAAUUGACAGAUUAAUCUAGCAUAUAGAUAUGGGAGAAUUACAAGAAGGAAAGCCAAUUUUAGAAGCAUGGAACAACAAAAAAGAAGAGGAAGAAGAAGAAGCACAAGCCCAAUUAGAGAUAUGGAAAUACAUUUUUGGGUAUGUGGAAUUGGCAGUUAUAAAAUGUGCCAUUGAACUUGGGAUAGCUGAUGCUAUAGAGAGCCAUGGUAGUCCCAUGACACUCUCCGAAAUUUCAUCUACUUUAGGCUCUGACCCUUCCCUUCUUAACCGAAUCUUGAGGUUCUUAAUUAACAGAAAGAUAUUCAAAGUCGAUAAAAAUUCAGAUUCCACUACCACUUAUGCCAACACGCCGUUAUCUCGCCGUUUCCUGAAAAACGGGCAGCAAAGCAUGGCGGCGUUCCUCCUCCUAGAGAGCAGCCCCGUCAUGCUUGCACCUUGGCACAGCCUAAGCGCCCGUGUUUCGGCAAACGGUGGAAUAAACUUCCCCUUCGAGAAGGCACACGGCGAAGACGUGUGGGGCUACGCCGCGGAGAAUCCGGGUCACAGCAACCUUAUAAACGAGGCAAUGGCGUGCAGUGCUAAGAUGGUGGUGCCUGCCAUCGUUGAAGGUUGUGGCGACGAGGUGUUCGAAGGCGUGAAAACGUUGGUAGAUGUUGGUGGUGGAACCGGCACCGCGUUGCGCGCUUUGGUUAAGGCUUGUCCUUGGAUUCGAGGAAUCAAUUUUGAUCUUGCUCAUGUCAUUGCUGUGGCUCCCAAGAUUGAAGGAGUCGAAAAUGUGGCUGGUGACAUGUUUCUAGGUGUUCCCAAAGCUGAUGCUGCUUUUCUUAUGUGGGUUUUGCAUGAUUGGGGUGAUGAGGAGUGCAUCCAGAUCUUGAAGAAGUGCAAGGAAGCCAUUCCAAAGGAAAAUGGAAAAGUGAUCAUUGUGGAGGCAGUGAUUGAAGAGGGAGCAAUAAAGCAAGGAAAUUUAAAGGACGUAGGGUUGAUGUUGGAUAUGGUAAUGAUGGCGCACACAAGCUUCGGCAAAGAGAGGACACUCAAAGAGUGGGAAUAUGUUAUCAAAAUGGCUGGAUUUACUUCAUACACUGUGAAAAACAUCGAUGCUGUGCAAUCUGUGCUGUUGGCCUACCCAUGAAUCCGUGUUUGUUUUUAUUGCUGCUGGGUUUUGUAUUUCUCAACAAUAAUAACCAUAGUAGUUUAUUAUGGUCAAUUUGGCUUUUUUUUUUCUUCUUUUUUUAUUUAGAAUUUUGUUAAAGAAAAUAUAUAAGUGAGAAUAAAAUUGUCUUGUAAGUCAA